AUGACCCUCGGUCUCCCCGUUGGUGCCGUCAUGAACUGCUGCGACAACUCCGGUGCCCGUAACCUUUACAUCAUCUCCGUCAAGGGUAUCGGUGCCCGCCUCAACAGACUGCCUGCCGGUGGUGUCGGUGACAUGGUCAUGGCCACCGUCAAGAAGGGAAAGCCUGAACUCCGCAAGAAGGUCCACCCCGCCGUCAUCGUCCGCCAGUCCAAGCCCUGGAAGCGCUUCGACGGUGUCUUCCUCUACUUCGAGGACAACGCCGGUGUCAUCGUCAACCCCAAGGGUGAGAUGAAGGGCUCCGCCAUUACCGGCCCCGUCGGUAAGGAGGCUGCUGAGCUCUGGCCCCGUAUUGCCAGCAACUCCGGUGUCGUUAUGUAA